GUUGGUUGCCAACCGCCAUUUAAAAUUCACAGAAGAAGGAGAAGAACGAGUUCUAAAUCCGACACGCACAGGGAAGUAAAUUACUCGACUGUCAAAUCCACACAGAUUUCGAAAACCUGACAAAGUAAGACCAGACUAGAACGUUAGUGAAAAUACCUUGUUUGAGACUGAGUAACUGCUAAUCUGCCAUGGCCUCUGAAAAAUGUUUUGCGAAAGGAAGCUCUGCUCCUGGCCCGGUGGCCAAAGGUCAAAUCAGGCUCUACAGUAUGAGGUUCUGCCCCUUUGCCCACAGAACCAGACUAGUGCUUCAUGCCAAGGGGAUCAAGCAUGAUACUGUCAAUAUUAAUUUGAAAGACAAACCUGAGUGGUUCCUUAAGAAGAACCCUCUUGGCCUGGUUCCGACAUUGGAGACUUCGAGUGGUCAGGUGAUCUACGAGUCACCAAUCACCUGUGACUACCUGGAUGAGGUUUACACAGACAAAAAACUGCUCCCAGCUGAUCCUUUUCAGAAGGCCCAACAGAAAAUGAUGCUGGAGAAUUUCUCCAAGAUAACACCAUAUUUCUACAAGAUACCAAUGGGGAGAAAAAAUGGAGAAGACAUUUCAGUACUGGAAGGGGAGCUGAAAGAGAAAUUUGUCAAAUUGAAUGAAGAUCUUGUCAAUAAGAAGUCCACGUUCUUUGGUGGAAAUGCAAUCACAAUGAUCGAUUACAUGAUGUGGCCGUGGUUUGAGAGGCUGGAGAUCUUUGAGUUGAAGCACUGUCUGGUUAGUACCCCUGAGCUGAAGAAGUGGACAGAGCACAUGUCCGAGGAUCAAACUGUCAAAGCCACCAUGUUCCCCACUGAGACCUACAAGGCCUUUUACAAGACCUACGUCGACGGGAAACCCAAUUAUGACUAUGGCCUGUAGAUAUGUGGCACUUAACCCUUGGCCGUCCAGUUUCCUGAUGUUAAAUUACUCUCAUUUUAUAUUCCUGCUAAGGUAAUUGGGGCAUUAGAUGUACAUGUCAAUACAGUUGAGCAGCUGUGCAUCUCAUACAAAACUUUUAUGAAAGUUUAUUUCUGUCUAAAAUGUCCUUUCCUUUGUUUAUAUUUCAUAUGGAACAUGUAUGGUCUGAUUACCAGUGUAUUGAAUGGACCCAAUACAAUGUAUAAUGAUUAUGUAGUUUAGAACAAGUGGUAGAUCAUAAUAAAUGUUGGUGGAACUAUUUGAAUAAUGUAUGUUAUGGUUGAUUUCUAUGAUGCAUUGUCCACACACAGCGUUUUAUCUUUAUGUAAUAAAGAUGGCACAACAAGA